UACACAAUGCGUUAAAAUUUAAGUAUAAAUGACAAUAAAUUAUUCAGAAUCGAUAUUAUUUAGGGAACCACACAUGGAAAUAGUUUUGACAAUAACUGACCGAACUAGAAAGUCGGGUUGAACAGUGUUUUUGCUAAAUAACGUCCCCUCUCAAUCUUGGUAAUCAUGUUACCAUGGAAGCUAUUGACCGCGCUUGUGUGCGCGUUCGGCUUCUUCAAGGAUCUGAGGCCCUCCGAGGCAUACCUAACCGUCUAUCUUACGGGACCCUGGAAGAACCUCACUGUGACACAGGUUGACAAUGAGAUUUACCCCUGGUGGACAUACUCAUACCUUCUCUGGAUGGUUCCCGUCUUUCUGCUUACUGACUACUUUCGCUACAAACCGACUUUGGUCGGUGUAGGAAUCGCUUACAUAGUUACAUGGGCACUACUUCUUUGGGCGCAAGGUGUUCCCGCAAUGAAAGCUAUGCAGAUGACAUUUGGUCUUGGAACUGCUUGUGAGAUUAGCUACUUUUCAUAUAUAUUCGCUGUUGUUCCCGGGGACUACUUUCAAAAAGUGUCAAGUUUUACCCGCGCAGCUUCAUUGGCGGGAAAGUUUAUAGCCUAUUUAUGGGGACAGCUGCUGACAUAUUACAAUGUGUUAAACUAUUUUCAAUUGAACAUUUUUUCAUUCGUGAGUGUCUGUAUAGCAUUUUUGAUCAGCUUGCUGUUACCAAGAUCUGAAUACUCAGAACUGUUUAAUCCUAAAAGAUUUGUUGACGAAGAGGAAGAGAAAACAAAUAAUCCACAAGCUCCGUCAACAGACCAAACGAAAGAUGACAGCGGAGACAUUGAACCAUGCUCCGGAUUAAAUGUUACCGAAAAGACUAUAUCGCUGUUGAAAUUCUUAUUCCUUGAAGCAAAGUCAGCCUAUUCAAAUAAGACGGUUCAAAUCUGGUCAAUAUGGUGGGCCUUGGCGGCCUGUGGAAAUUUUCAAGUAGCGAACUACGUUCAGAACUUGUGGGAUAUCCUUUCGCCGUACCACAACUAUAAUCCAAGGAAGCACCACAUCUAUAAUGGCGCGGUGGAAGCUGCGGGAACUCUCUUGAGUUCAUGUGCCGUGUUAGCAGUCGGCUUCCUGCCAGUUAAUUGGUCAGUCCCGGGAAGAUGCGAGCUAGUUACAACAGUCAUUUGUGGACUAAACGCCAUAUUUCUUUUGAUUAUGUCACAAACUUCGAGCAUUUGGGUGUGCUACGUUCUCUAUGAUUUAUUUCGAUCCACUUACCAAAUUGUUCUGGUCAUAGCAGCAGCCCAGAUAGCCAGUGCUCUUACCCGAAAACGUUAUGGGUUCGUGUUUGGGUGUAACACGUUCGUUGCCUUGCUGGUAGAAUCUAUUCUGACCGCCAUCGUGGUGGAUAAAGCCGGACUGGACGUCAAAGUCCGGACACAGUUUGUGGUGUAUGGGAUCUACUUCGCUGUACUGACGCUCGGAUUUCUAGUUGCGCUCGUGUACACAUGCAUCAAAAAACCCUCUCCGGCACCAGAACAACUGGAGAUGGAGCCAGUUGAAACAGACGAUGAAUGUAAGGGCGGCUCGACAAUUUGACACUAACGUGUGUAAAAAUAUUUCCUGCACCCAUGCAACUGAGAAUUGGUUGAUAAAUGCGGUUCUAAGGUGUGACGUAGCAAGAAAAAAUAAAUAUAAUUAAGUGUGACGUGUGCAAUAAAACAUAAUAUACUAACCACGUGAUGGUUACGAAUGUAAUGUAUACAAUCUAUGU